AUGAAUUCGUCUGAUGAGCCCCGCAAGCGCACUGCGCGGGCCUGUGACUCCUGUUAUAGGCGCAAGAUCAAAUGUGACGCGGCGGUCCCACAAUGUAAUUGGUGUAGCCACCAUAACCUGCCCUGCACCUUUAAUCGAGUGGUGCAGCGGAAACGAAAGCCGGAAGAUGACGGUACCAAUAUCCACCCUAAGAGCUCGCGGCUUUCGGAGAGAAUUAGUCGCAUCGAGCAGCUUUUGGCGGAAAAUUUGUUGCAAGAGUCUACCUCUCAGCCGAUGGAUUAUACCCAUAUCCUGGAUAGUACUGCCAGCACCAACACUGAAAAUACCACUGCAAGCAACUCCCCAAGUGGCAGCACCAGCACUAGUAUCAGCAAUCAGCCCAUUUUUCAAUCUGCAGUGGGUCUUCACUUUGCGGGUCGCGAGUUGGGUGUCAUGAGUCUUCUCACUGGUAUCCCAUUUCUUUUACCAGAAGGCCAAGAAUGGAUUCGUUCUCGCACGGGACAGACCAUCUCCAGCGAGAAACUCAGUCCAACACGCGCGCCAUGGGAGAAAGAAAGGGGCCGUAUAUCCAAUACAAUUCUGAUGGAUUUGCGAAACGAUGAUCUUUUUGAACUGCCGGAUCGGCGAAGCGUACAGGUGUACUUUGAUUCUUACAAGCGCUCAACCGUGAUGCGCCGCCUCUUUCCUGUUGUGGACGUUGACCUGUUCGCAGAAACUAUUGAUGAAGCUUACCGACAGUCUCAUUCAAGCUUUGAGUUCGGGCAAGCGAGUACUCGAGCAUGCAUUAUUGCCUUUGCUGCGUUUGUCGCACGUCUUCCGCCCGUCGUCAACGAUAUCAGAGACCCAGCCUGCGUUUCUCUUGAAAUCGAUCAUGAGGUCUUGGCUUCCAAAGCCCAGUUUUUAUUAUCUCAGGUUAUCCAAGAACCUGCGAGCCUAGAGGGUGCACAAGCAGUGACCAUGUUGACAUUGUAUGAGGUGUCAUCGGGGAAUAUGCGGGCCACCAACUACUUUGGUGCAAUAGCUGCACGUCUAAUAUUUAUGCUUGGGGGUAAUUUGACUGGUAGUAAAGUAUAUUCGAACGGCGAACGAGAUAUACGAAGACAACAGCAGCUACGCAAUCUCUUUUGGAUCUGCUACACAAUGGACAAAGACGUCGCCCUUCGCACAGGACAACCACCCACAAUUGCGGAUGAGAAUUGUGAUCUGACCCUCCCACCAGGUUAUGAGGAGCACGCAUUCUUGGACCCUGAAGACGUGAACAUGUCUUAUUCACAGCCAAGUUAUCCUUUCGAUCUGCGUCUGAGUAUUAUCAAAUCUCGUACGCAUAGCGCCCUGUACUCCGUCAGUGCACUUCAAAAGUCCGAUGCCGAUCUUUUAAAAUCCAUUCGAGAAUUGGAUGACGAAUUGGAAGCAUGGCGAUUGUCGAUUCCACCUCAAUGGCGACCUACCAUGUCUUUUUCGGCCGAGGCUUCAGACCCCAAUGUCAGCAUGCAUUCAGUCAUGCUUCGUCUCAACUACUACCUUUGCAUGUCUAUCAUCCAUUCAGCAAGCAGUAGAUGUCAGGCCUGGAGACAAGGUAACGGAAUGUUGGAUGGGGUCAAUUCUAGUCUCGCGCUAUCGGUCGAGGCGAGCCGUUCAACCCUUUGUUACUUGGAGGCCGGGGAGCAUGUGUUGGUCGAGGGUAUCUUUUGGAUCUUGGUCUUUUACCCGAUCUCGGCAUUGCUCAGCAUAUUCUGCAGCAUUCUUGCGAAUCCAUUAGACCCUCGCUCGCGGGACGAUCUAGAUCGUCUUAAGAUAGCGACAUUAAUGAUGGAGCGCAUGUUUUACCGAAAACUCUCUCCGAAUGAAGUUAUUCACUUCAAGCUCGUGGCUGACUUCGUGUCAGAGAUGAAGCGCCUCGCCAAGUGUGCUAUCGACAAGGCAUGGCGUGAGCAGAGUGCUGGCUCGCUUCUGCCGCCAUGA